AUGAGCCUUCGCCAUUAUUAUCAUAACUCAUACUCACAGACUUUGAAUCGACGUGAAACACUCGAUACUUCAUCUUCUCCUGCUUGUCAACCAUCUCCUAUCCUAAGCGCAAGCAGUUUACCCCGUCCGAUGUCCACCAAUUCGGGUGAAUUCACGAUCACCAAAAAGACCUUUGAUUGUAUAAUAAACGCAAUUAUAUCUAGCGAAGAACGUGCUGUGUAUGAGUCUAAACUUUUCCUACCCCUUCACGAUCUCAUUUUUUUCAGUAAUAGCCCGAAGCGUGUGUCGGAUUUUCCUUAUUAUCAAAAUGGUUUCGUAAUCUUUCGAAAAGAUUAUCAAGCUCGUUUGGCCGUCAGAAAAUAUAACACCAAAGAAAAUUGUCGGGAUGCUUCUCGAAACGUAAAACUCCUUUGGAAGAAUGCUACUCCGGAAGAUAAACGCAUGUAUCAACAACUUUUAUCCUGCAAUCAUAAAUUUCAUGACAUCCUGUGGUCAAACCAUAUAUUUAGAUCAUCACGAAACUUGAAAUGUAAUUAUGAGUACUCCGACAAUAAAACCAUUAUAAGUUAUUCGCCGUCCUUCUUCACACCAAUUCCUCCACUAAAUCAAGAAUACAUGGAAAACAAUCGCUUCUCAUUCACUUAUCCCAUACAUUUAACAUUGGAUCCUCCGAUCGCAUUGACUGACUCGCUAUUCUCUUAUGACAAAUCUCUGAUAGAAUCCAUUAAUAAAGAGAUAAAUUUAUG